GAGGAGCAGCGCGCCAGAUCGAUGAAGUCAUGGAUCAUGGAUUCUGAGGAGAUCGGACGCGCAACACGAUAGCAAUCGGGAAUUGGGCACGCCGGGAGAAAGCUCAUCGUACAGUUGAGUCCCUCAGACUCCGCAAUGAUGGCUUUCACUUGGAGUGACAAUGUGUGACAUCACAUCGACGGAAGCUCAUCAAUCCGGGGAUCGGAAUGGGGGGGGCGAUCCGGCGAUGUCAUGGACCACGCGCGUAUAAGAAGCGUACCUGGACCGCUUUAGUUGGCUGAAUUGGAAGUUCUGCAGACCCAAGCUUAUCAUCGGCCUCUCGUUUCACACAGUCGGCUGCUCCUUCCGGUCACUAGCUUCGAGGUUGCACACAUGGCUGCCAAGGCGGCUCUCCAGGUUGCGGGCCUGCUUGCUCUGGUGAGCAACGUCCGCGCCGUGCCCGUGGUUUCGGAGCCCACGACCACGGUCUACUCGGAACCCACGAACCUUCCGUCACCGUACGCGAUUUCGCACCACAAUGUAACGUCGCAUGGCCCGUACACCGGACCGCCGGCAACCACGACCGGUGCCCUUUCCACCAGCGUCAUCGCGCCUUCCGUUGCCGCGGGGCCGCCUCCGCCGCAGAUUGUUGCCUAUCCCGCGGACGGAAAGCUGCACGGCGACCAGCCGAUGCCCUUCACGCCCAGCGGCGGCAUCGGCACCAACGGCUCCGAGCCAGUCUACAAAGUGGCUAGCGAUUUCGACUACCAGUCGCUAGCACUUGCGCUCUAUCACGAAUGGAUCGAGCUCGACCUCUUCCACUGGGGCCUCGCCACCUUCUCGGACGAGGAAUGGGAGGCCUACGGCAUCAACGCCGAGGACCGCUUCCUCCUGCAACACAUGGCUGACCAGGAGAUCGGCCACGCGUCCGUUCUCGCCAAUAUGCUCGGCCCAAGCGCGCCCAAGCAGUGCACUUACAACUAUCCGGUCUCGAAUGUCGCCGAGUUCAUCGACUUCAACCAGAAGCUCACGCGCUGGGCCGAGGCCGGCGUCUACGGCUUCCUGAGCCACCUCAACUCUGGCCCUGCGGCCAGCAUGCUCCUGCAGAGCAUCACCAUUGAAGCUCGCCAGCAGCUCAUCUUCCGCCAGUUCGGUGGCCAGUUCCCCAUGCCCGAAUGGCACACUCCAGGCAUUCCCCAGAGCUGGGCCUGGACUCUGCUGGCCCCGUACAUCAGUUCAUGCCCCUACAACCAGACCCGGCUCGUCUGGCAGAACUUCCCGGCACUGCACAUCCUGAACCAGCCCAAUGCCGCACGCAUCAACGGCUCCGCCGUCUGGAACGAGACCACCGGCGGCUACGCCAACACCCUGUCCACCAAGGGCAUUCCGCGAAACGAGCUGUGCGCCAAUGCGACGGACGAGACCCUGGACUGCCGAGCCGCCAUCUCCCAGAACCGCAGCAUGCCGCUGUCCUACCCGGGCAGGCAGGUCUUCCUACAGUGGGAUGAGCCCGGCAAGCUGGUCGGUCCCAACAACAGCUACGUCACCACGACCAACGUUAAGGAGCCCAAGUUCGCCGCCUGGCUCAGCCAGCUGAACGUCACCUACACGGCGCUGCAGGACAUCAACCUGGACAACCGCACCGCGUACACCAUUCAGCCCAACGUCUCGACCUGGAAGAAUGAUCCGGCCGUCAAUGGCACCAUGUUCAUUGCGCUGACUGACACGGAUCUGUUUGUCACGCCGUACAAUGUCACCAUGAUCAACCCGCACGUUGCCGCUCUGGCUAUGUACCAGGCUGGCUGAGCUCUUUUCGCAUGUUUAAUCUCAUGUAAACAAAAGGGGGUGGUUUUGGAAGAGUUGGAAGGUGUGAGGAUGGGACGAUGUGAUGUGUAUGAAACUGGAAGUACUAGUAAUUGUUAUUCAUUUUUCCUUGCCUCUGCCUAUCACAGACUGCUGUACGAGUGUUCCUCCGUGACUCAAGGCCGAGUUAGCAGGCUUUAAUGUGUACGCAACUGCUAGUACGUCGCGAGGUUCGCUCAUCUCAACCCUACUUCCCCUCAUCCACACAAGUUACUAAAUGCCACAACACCGUUAUAGACCAAUCCUGCCACUGAUGAUCAUCCC